AUGGACAGCCGGAUUCCUUAUGAUGACUACCCGGUGGUUUUCCUGCCUGCUUAUGAGAAUCCCCCGGCAUGGAUUCCUCCUCAUGAGAGGGUAUACCACCCAGACUACAACAAUGAGUUGACCCAGUUUCUUCCCCGAAUCGUCACACUGAAGAAGCCCCCUGGAGCUCAGUUGGGAUUUAAUAUCCGAGGAGGAAAGGCCUCCCAGCUAGGCAUCUUUAUCUCCAAGGUAAUUCCUGACUCUGAUGCACAUCGAGCAGGACUUCAGGAAGGGGACCAAGUCCUAGCUGUGAAUGAUGUGGAUUUCCAAGAUAUUGAGCACAGCAAGGCUGUUGAGAUCCUGAAGACAGCCCGCGAAAUCAGCAUGCGUGUCCGCUUCUUUCCUUACAAUUAUCAUCGCCAAAAAGAGAGGACUGUGCACUAGAGAGUUGCAGCCCAUAGCCCUCCACAUUGAAUCUUCUAGGAUAAGCUGACUAGGCCUCAGGGAAGCCUCUUGGGAAACUGUAGUCUUGGCCCCACCCUGGCAGAGCAGAGUGGGGAGGAUGGGGACACAAUGACGCCCUGCCCCAAACCAGCUAGCCAUCUGCAUUACCCAAACUGUAUUGCAGUUUUUGUUCCCUAGUGUUCCAGAUAAGCUUCAUUCCCUGAAAGAAGGAUGAUGAUACCUAGGUAUAGCCUGUGGAGAAUCCCGCUAGAAAAGGCAACUGACAUUUAUUGAAUACCAUGUGUGAGACAAUUAUGCAUAAGUCAUAUCGUUUUCAUUAGCAUAUAGAAACCAAAAGAAAAAAGAAUCUCGGGGGCCUUCCACCCCAUCUACCUGGCCAUCUCAUCCCAUCCUUGCACUACCAGUCUCAUACACUCUGGAGACUCCCUGGGACUGUUCCCCCUGCC